AUGGCAAGUCGCGGCUCUUUGGUGCCAUCCAACUACCCAAGUCAGCAUGAACAGCCAAAUAUAAUUCUACAAUCAGCAUCAAGACGACCCUUGACAGCCUCUGCAGGCAAUUCAAAACUCCAGCUUUUCGCUCAGGACAACCUGUACCAUGAUCAUAAAGAGUAUCGACAUGGGUCGGAGAGGACUAUGUACGCAAUUCCGACGGUCGUACCAUCAUUGCCCUCAGCGCGACAAUCUUUAGGUCACACCUGGGAACAGCGACGGCAAAGGCAUAGAACUUCGCGCCAAUCGAGAUACACUCGCAAUCCACUUGCCAACUCGCCACCAUAUCUCGCAUACAGGGCAAGGCAAAACCGAGAGGGUAACCCUGAUGACGCGAAAUGGCCAGAGGUCUUGGAGCUGGCCUUUCUUGAUGCGCUUGUAUACAUACCCUACAUGGGCCGGCAAAAGUACUCGUAUCGUGGCAAGGCCCAUGGUCGCAAUGAAUUAAUUAGAGAAUACAUCUGGCUUUCAUACCUCCGCAGUCUGCCUCCAGGACAGCCGCCGGACCCUGCCAUGAGACGAUGCCGGAAGCAAGUAUCUAGCCAUAUCCAAGUCUUGAAGACCUUCUUCAAAGAUCAUCCUGCUUAUCACACUCUUUUCCCACAGAACAAAGGUCCAAAGAACGGCUUCGAUCAUUCCUUCAAAAAUGAUCCAUGUCUGCGUGCUCUUUCUGAGGGAAGAUUGCCAGAUCAAUCACCCGAGGACUUUGCUACGUGCGUUCAAACGUUGGGUAUGACUGCCACACCUCAAGGCGAGACGGAACCUAACGUUUUCUGGCUUUUCAUCACAUCAAGCUCGAUCCCGACCGAUCCAAGUGGGAGAAGCACUACCGAGGAAGAGUUGUAUCAAUCUGGCCUUGUGGCACACAAGUACACGUCUCUGUCGUCUCAGCGACCCCGUGAUUCUAUCGAAUCCAUAUCGAACUGGAGAGCCCGGUUUCCACGGCUGUUUCAUCUAUAUACCAUAUCAUCUUUAAAUUGCGAAAUAAUCUACAUGGACGUCGCCCUUUCAUUAAUGACUUCACACCCACCGGAAGGCGCCGAACUUGUUAGUCGAACAGAGAUAUCCAUACGUAAUUCAGAACAUGAUCAAGAAACCAACCUAUAUCUUAACAACUCAACUUGGCGGAUUACCACGACUCUAUCCAAACCAGCAGAAUUAUGCCGCGAUCCAGCUGUUGACCCAAUCAUCGACAAUCAGACGAGUAUCAUUCCGGUCUUGAGCAUGAACGCUCAGCAGACUCGAAUAAAAGUUCCAUUUCCAGCCAUGGCAUGGGCGCAUGCCUUCACUUCCUUGACAGACUUAUCUCAAAGGCCGGCCUCCCUAUCCGGCUUGAACGCCUCGUCGCUUCUGGAUGAAAUCUCCAUGUUCCAAGAAGUCCAAUGUUCUCCUGGCCCGAGAAGGCCCUUCCAAAGGCGAGCCAUAAUUCUCUGGACCUUUCGUAAAAGUAGAGAUGGGGAAUCAAGUUGUACGACAUGGCGAUAUGUAGAUCCAGGAAGUCCAAGUCGCCAUGACUGUAUGUCACCAGAUCCUGGACAUAGUGAAAGGCUUAAUGCGGAUAUGAGCGAAAAUUUCAAUACCAGUUUCAUGGCAGGGACUCUAGAAAAUACUGUGAUGGAUCCAUUCAUACAAAGUCACUCGCAACAGCAACAAAUUGGACUAGAAACUCCGCUAGCCACUGCAGGAUUACUGUCCCCAUUUGGCGCCCACCAACAAUCUGUUUACGGCGUGAAUGGUUUAGGAAUUGAAACUCAGUUCAGUAUACCAGGCGACAACCUCAGUUUUGAAAGUGCAGCUACGGUGGACAGUGAGAGUACACUGGUGGAGUCUGAUGUUGCAGGGAAUCUGGAAAGUUUCAUUGUUAACAGUAAUGCCGGAAUUGAACUGGCAGGAUUUGACAGUGGGCAUCAAAGCUGGGGGUUGGAUGGUGGGAGUGACAGCAAUGCCAUUCAGAGUUUUGAUUCUAGUAAUUCUAAUUGGGCUUAUUCUGCUUUGCAAAAUGCUAGCAAUAGUGCAACACCUCAUCUCGGAGGAUGGGAAGAUAUUGGCACUGGCAAUAGUAAGGGAGACGUAUGGAUUGCCGAAGAAGUAUCGAAAAGGCAAGAGUGGACUGAAAGCGGGGUUGAACAGCGUGUCAAGGAGCUGGAAUGGGUUGUUGAACUUCCUGCUCAGGACGAUGAAGAUAGGGUUUGGGAAGUCACGGAAUGCGAAGACGACAUCGCCAAGCCCACAAGCACAAAAGUUGAAGCCAAUGCAGCAGAGUUGGAUGAAGAAGGCUACGAAACUGUAAGCAACUGGGUCGAGGAGCGGCAUGAUCAUCACGAGAGCGUUGACGAGCUUUCGAACCUCAACGACCUUCGGCCGACCGAACACGGCACCUAUAGCCCUUCUCCGCCGCCUGGGACCAAGGAAGGGGAAUGGGAAGCACUCGAUGUCACAGACGGUGAUGGAUUUGAUUACACGCAGUUGACGGAACGCUUGAAAUGA